CGGCUGCUUUCCGGCUUCAAGUUGCUUCUUGAAUAGAUAUAGGACCUCUGCUGAUUUCAUAGACUUGCAUAUAAACUGAGGAAAAUGGCGUCAGCUGUUGUAAAGCUCAAGAAUUUGGUGACAGGCAUUAGAAUCGUCUAUAACUCGCCGUCUUGUACCAGGACCCUUUCCACUAGUCACAAUUUCAGGAAUGAAUCAAAAGAUAAUUGGUUUUCCAAAGUGUUUGUUCGAAAAAUUGAACCAACAAAGGAGUCUCAUUCUCGCCUUCUCUCUGAUAAAGAUGUCAUCUACGAACUGCAAACUCACAACAUUAGGCCUGACAUGAUGGAAAAAUACAUUUCAAAUUAUGAAAAACAUUGUCAGCUCAUGGGCUCAUCUGGUAUCAAUGCUGAAUUAGUUGGAAGCUGGUCAGUGAUUGUGGGUGAUCAGGAUCAAGCAUUUCACGUUUGGCGUUACAUUGGAGGUUAUGCUGAAAUUGACAGAGCGCGCGUAACUUUUGCAAAGAACAAUGAGUAUCGCCGUUUGUGGAAUGAGCAAGGCCAGUGCAUUCGUGCUCGACAUAACCAAUACGUUCUCACCUUUAGCUUUUGGCCUCAGAUUGAGAGUCGAAAAGACUCCAACGUGUAUGAGGUUCGCAAUUACGUUCUAAAGCCAGGAACGAUGAUUGAGUGGGGUAACAAUUGGGCAAGAGCCAUCAGUUUUAGGCGUGAAAACGACGAGGCGUUUGCUGGCUUUUUUUCUCAAAUUGGAAGACUAUAUAAUGUUCAUCACAUCUGGGCAUAUUCAGACCUUCAGUCACGUAAGGAAACUCGUGAAGCAGCUUGGAGAAAACCGGGAUGGGAUGAAUGCGUGGCCUAUACUGUACCCCUAAUUCAACAGAUGCACACUAAGAUAAUGGUCCCACUUCCAUUCUCACCUACUCAGUGAAUUUUCAAGACCAAGAUUUCUUCUGUGGAGUCUUGUAGUUUUUGAUAGGUCUGGAUUUCAGCAGUUUCCCUUCUAUAUAUAUACAUAUUACAACUAUUUUUUCCUUAUUAUUAAUAUUAAUUUCUUUUUCAUUUUACUGUGUUGAUGAAAAAGGGAUACUGGAGUAAGAUGAGUUGGAAGCAAAAUUGUGCAGAGGUCAGUCAAUGGUCAACUGGGGAUUAUUAAAACAAAAUAAGAAAAUUAUUAGUUUAUUAAUGGUGUACAGAAGAGCUUCGUGUGGUUUGAAUCAGCAUUUAAAAUGGAAAAAUAAACUUGAAAAAAGUGA